CGGUUUCUGAGUUCAUACAGCAAUCGCUUAGCGAACAGCCAACGGUUAGGAGGUCUCAGCAAGUACACAGGAGCUGAUAAAAAAAACAAACCUUAACUACAAACAACGCAAUUUGUGUAAACAAUAAAAACAAAAACCCAUCAAGUGCUUACAAGCCAGCGGAAAGUUUUGAAAAACUCUUACAACCCAACCACCCAAUCAAUCAAUAAAACCAUCAAGAUGUCUGCAUCACCAACUGCCCGUCAAGCCAUCACCCAGGCUCUGCCCAUGAUGACCCGUAAGAUUGUCAUCUCGGACCCCAUCCAGAUGCCGGAGGUCUACUCCUCCACACCUGGAGGCACCAUCUACUCCACCACUCCUGGAGGCACCAAGCUGAUAUACGAGAGGGCUUUCAUGAAGAAUCUGCGUGGCUCCCCUCUGAGUCAGACCCCACCCCCAAAUGUGCCCAGCUGUCUUCUGAGGGGCACGCCUCGUACCCCCUUCCGGAAGUGUGUUCCGGUGCCCACGGAACUGGUGAAGAAGACCCAGUCCUUGAAGAUCGAAGAUCAGGAACAGUUCCAGCUGGAACUGUAAUCUGGGACAGGGUGGAAUUCCCACCUCCAAGCAGCAACUGCCAAAACCAAUUAGUUCAUAGCUAACCAAAAAAAUAAGCAUCCUGAUCUUAUAAGAUAGUUUUCAUCAUUAUUAGCCAUAUCCACUCCAUUAACUAGACGAUAAGUUAUUAGUUCUUCCAGUUCGUUUGUUCUUUCGGUCAUAUUGACUUUGUAUUUGAUAGAUGUUUAGAUCUUAAGUAAAAAGCAAUAAAAAAUAAUGUUUGAUAAUAUUUAACAAGAAAA